UAGCGCUCAUCCAAUCAGUGAUAAAUCUGGAAAUAACCCGAGACGCUUUUGAAAUACUAGUGCUAAGACAUAACAGAAGAUGAAAGCGCUUAAGCGGGGCAACUGCUGCACAAUUUGGAACAGCGGAACAGCGGGCUUAAUCAACCACAAAUGCGGAGCGUUCCGCUCAAUCUCUUGGCUGCCCUGGAUGCUGCAGAGUUAUUAAAAGUAAUGAAACACCAUGUUGAUUGAAGAAUGUGUUAUUACCGUUUAACAAAAAAACGUUUCUCUGAAUCUCAGCACUUUGCCGAGUUCUGAAUGGAAAAUAAUCAGCCUAAAAAGGGUGCAUCAUUUAUUUCAAGUUGCCUGGUAAGUAUUCUAUGUCCUGAGCAAGACGUUCGCAGACAGGGCAGUUUUUGUCAGUUGGACAAGACUUAGGUGCAUCUGCCCGAAAUAGGAUGGCUUUUAAUACUUCUACCACUGUAAUGGAUGGGGAACAGCAGCUUCUGGAGAAGGACUCUUCAUUCCGGGUGCUCACAGGGUGCAUCCUGUCCUUGCUGAUCCUGACCACGCUGUUUGGAAACACUCUUGUCUGCGCGGCUGUAGUGAGAUUUCGGCAUCUGAGAUCUAAAGUGACCAAUUUCUUUGUAAUUUCAUUGGCAGUCUCAGACUUGCUAGUGGCUGUUUUAGUCAUGCCAUGGAAAGCUGUUACUGAGAUAGCGGGGUUUUGGCCUUUUGGCUCAUUUUGUAACAUAUGGGUCGCCUUUGACAUAAUGUGCUCAACCGCAUCCAUCCUAAAUCUCUGUGUUAUCAGUGUAGACAGAUACUGGGCCAUCUCCAGCCCCUUUAGAUAUGAGAGAAAAAUGACUCCAAAAGUGGCUUUUAUAAUGAUAAGUGUGGCAUGGACGUUGUCUGUAUUAAUUUCUUUUAUUCCAGUACAACUAAACUGGCAUAAAGCUAAAACAACAAGCUUUUUAGACUUUAACAAUAGCUUCCAAGGCAAAUCUUUGGAUAAUUGUGACUCCAGUUUGAACAGGACUUAUGCCAUCUCUUCAUCAUUGAUAAGUUUCUAUAUACCAGUAGCCAUUAUGAUAGUGACCUACACUAGAAUCUAUAGAAUUGCCCAGAAACAGAUCAGGCGUAUUUCAGUUCUGGAAAGAGCAGCUGUACAUGCUAAGAACUGUCAGAGCAGUACAGGCAGCACCAACAUUGUCGAGUUCCAGCAACCAGAAAGCAACUUCAAGCUGUCAUUCAAAAGAGAAACUAAAGUGUUAAAAACAUUGUCCGUGAUUAUGGGCGUAUUUGUGUGUUGCUGGUUACCUUUCUUUAUAUUAAACUGCAUGGUGCCAUUCUGUGAACUUAGUGUAUCUACCAGUGCAACAGAACCAUUCUGUAUUAGUUCAUCUACCUUUGAUGUGUUUGUUUGGUUUGGCUGGGCUAAUUCUUCAUUGAACCCUAUUAUUUAUGCCUUCAAUGCUGACUUUCGUAAGGCUUUCUCAACACUUUUGGGAUGCUACAGACUGUGUCCUGCAUCAAAUAAUGCCAUAGAAACUGUCAGUAUCAAUAACAAUGGCGCAGUCAUAUUUACAUGCCAGACGCAGCCCAGAGGAUCUAUCCCCAAUGAUGGUAAUAUGGCAUACCUUAUUCCACAUGCUGUAAUCUGUCAGGAUGAAGACCUGCAGAAAAAAGAACAUGAAGAUUGUGAGAUAUGGACUCUGGAGAAAAGGUCUCCUGCAUUGUCUGGUAUUUCAGAUUAUGAGGCAGAUGUAUCCUUGGAAAAGAUCAACCCCAUCACUCAAAAUGGGCAACACAAAACUUGAAAAUGCUAUCAUGCUGCUGUUAGUAAGAAAACAUACAGACUGUAUUAGCCAGUAAGUGACUCACCUUCAGAACACUUUUGGAAUGUUGAACUUAUUUUUAUAAAGGCACACCACUUCAAAACAUCAGACUUCGCUGCCAUUUUCAGUUAGUAAUGUUAAUAUACCUACAGAAGCUUCAGAAAUGCUUGGUAGAGCUCAAAGAGAGAGCUCUUUAGUGAACAAAAAAGUCAUAUUUCCAGUCAAGGAGCCGUUUUCCAGAAUGUUAUACUAUUUCAUCCUUAAGGAAGAAAAAGGCUUAAUGAUAACUUAUGAUGGAGUUGUAAAUUACUCUAGCUUUGCAAACUAAAAAAAAAGUGCUGGCCUGUAGCAAAUUAGCAAAAAAUGUGAGUAUGGUGACUUUGAAAGGUAGGUUAUAUUUUUAAAGUCUGUUGCUUAAAAGUGUUUGUAAUGGCAUUACAUAUGCACUACUGAAAAGGGUAAUGUUUACUUUUUAAUUAGUGUACUUAGCUCUAUGUCAUAGUUUGCUUUGCUGCAAAAGUCAAAUUUGCUAAUUUGCUGCAGAAGGGCUGUUAUACUUGGAGGGGGGGUUCAUGGUAAAUCUGCCAGUCAUAUAAGGAUGAAUGCUAGCAGCCCGCAAAUGUGUAUGACAGCUAAACACACUGUAGCUGUAUGUCACAGUAACCAGAUAAUAGUGUAAAAAUGUACAAGUUACUGACAUGUUAAAUUAACUAAAUUAAAUUAGCAGAGAACAAAUGCAGGUACAAAAGUAUAAACAAACAAUGGCAUAGUUGCUGUAGAGAAGAAACCAGAGUGACUGUUUUCAAAAUAAAAUUACUGUUGUAGUUAAAAUUAAUCUGUUGUAUGACUACCUCAAAACUAAAUGAUUAUAUACUUGGAUGACUGGUUGAUUGGUCAUAGAACAUCCCCCUUGCACCUUUACCACAAGAGAGAAGGAAUGCUGCUAUCAUUUUUGAGAUAAUAGUGCUGGAUGUAUAUAUGGCUAAAAGGAGUCAUACGUGACAUACAUAUGGGCAAAGAUUCAUAACAAAGCUUUACAAAGCAAAACUACUUAACCAGUAGUGAUUUUAUGUUUUGUAUUUAUGUAAAAUAAUCUGCUUUCUUCAAGUUUAUAUUUUCCAAAAUGUGCAUUUUCCUGGACAAGAAUAUCCUCUCUGCAACACAAUAUAUAUAUAAUAAAAUGCUGAGAUUUGCCUUUGCUCUUCUAGGACAAAGUUCUCAUCAGUGAUUGCCUAUAUGUGUUGCAUUGUUCUUUGCCAGGAUCUGAUCCAAACCAGCCAUUAAAUAUUUCUUAACAUUAGGAUGCAAAGUGCUUUUGUUUCUUUUUGACAUCUGGUUUGUCGUGAGUGCAGUUUUAAGACAUUGCGAUGCAAAAUGAUGCUAACCUUAUUAGUGCCUCUUCUUUAUGUGCUUAUCAGCUUUGAACAAGAGAAGCCAGUAAGGCUGGUAAACAUAGAGUUCAUGUGCUGUGAUCUUUCAGUUCUCUCAUUCCUCUGUAAAAUGUACUGUAAGCAACAAAAGGUCACCUAGUGUGUGUUUCAAUAAACAAAGCACUUUUUUUCUGAAAUGAAGUUGUGUUUUUACUGCUACUUGCAUACAGCAUGUCAGUUAUUACUAAAGAGUAGAAUUAACAGAAUGUUACAAAAUGUGAUACAGUAAUGCACAUUUCAGUAAAUAAGGGGUAUUACUGUUGAUAAUCUUAACAUUUUAGGUUGGUUACCUGACAGUCUUACUGAAGCUACUUUCAGUGCUGAUAGCUGCCGUUAAUGCUGUUAGGGUGAAACAACACUGAAGCAAUUUUUAGAUUUAUUAAGACACACUGAGCAUUUCACAGAUAAUUAAUUCCCUAAAUCAGAUUAUUGAUUUUUUCCCUUAUUGUUUUGUUAUGUUUGCAUUUCAAAACCUAUUUCCUGUAAGCCUUUAUCAGUAUAAUAAAUUAUUUUGUGGAUAGAAAUCAAA